AUGCACACCGACGCCAUGUCCUCAACAGCGCCAGCCCUCUUCGUCGAUGAAGACUGCGUCUUCAAAGUCAUUCAGUCGGUGCCAAUUCCCGAGCCUGAAGAAUCCGAAUUGGUAAUAAAAGUCUGCUUCUCUGGUGUCAACCCCGGCGACGUCAUGCAUGCACCACGCAUGGGCGUCCGGUCGGUCGUGAUCGGCUACGACUUUAGCGGACACGUCGUGCAAGCCAACCCCAACUCGGGCUUCAAAGUCGGUGACGCUGUUGCCGGGCAUACACCUACGGGUAUGGGGAAGCCGUUGAAGUACGGCGCGCAUCAAGAGUACCUCGCCUGCCCCGAAGAGCUUGUAUUCCGAGUCCCGGACAACCUGCCAUUGGAGCAUGCCGCAUGUCUCGCGACUGUAGUAACGACGGCUGCCGAUGGACUGUAUAACAUUUUUGGAUACCCUCUUCCUGGUGAGGAAGUUAUUGAGGAGUUCAAACCUGGCCCGCUACUUAUCUGGGGGGCUUCGACGAGUGUGGGCUUUUGUAUGGUCCAAUUGGCCAGGGCAAGCGGUGCGUUUCCCAUAUUCGUCACAGCAUCGCCGAAGCGGCACGAGUUGCUGCAGAAAAUGGGCGCGACCCGAUGCUUUGAUUACGCCUCUCCCAACAUUGUGUCUCAGGUCCAGGCUGCUGUAGCAGAGACAAAGGCAGAACAAAUUGCGUACGCUGCAGACUGCGCCGGUACGAGAGGGGAGGCUAGCUCGGCUGGACAGAUGUUCAAAUGUGUUGGCGAGGAUACGGAGCUGCUCUCCGUCAUUGGAGGCCCUGAUGAGAGGUGGAAGAUGCCGCUCGCUGUCGCCAAUGCCUCAGUCAAGUUCGCGUUUAUGGGCGGCCCUCCAGUGGAGUUCCCAGCUCGGCGGGAGGACUUUGGACGGAUGUGGAAGGCACUGACGUGGGCUGUAGAGAACUAUCGCGUUGAUUUUUCGCUGCCUGUAGUAGAUGUUUUCAGUGGUGAGGCGGAGAAGGCACUUGAGGAGGUCAAGAAGGUAGGGGAACUGGGCAAGUUUGGCAAGUUGGUGCUAAAGCAGCCGCUGUCGUGGAAGUAA